GUACACACAGACCAGACCAGAGAGAGCACAAGAGAGAGAUUGACAUUAUGUUAUGUGAUGUUAUGUAAAUAUAGAAAACAAUAAAAUAAUGUGAUUACAAUAAUUUAUAAAUGCUAUCCGAGUAAAUUGUAUUUAAAUAAUAAAACAUUAUAAAUAUCCAGCGAAUCGUUUCUGGAGAUGUUUCGUCAUUUUAUCAAAGUGUUUGCGCCCUACAGAGACAAGUUGAGUCGUGCUGUUGGCGGCAACGGCACUGCAUUUGAGAAAAACUCAGUGUCGAAGGAGCAACAACUCACAGAAGUAUUGAAGAAGUCACUUCCAGGCAUUACCUACGUCAGUGUGCAGGAUAUAUCGGGGGGUUGCGGCGCCAUGUUUGAGAUUAGUAUAGAAGCCAAAGAGUUUGUUGGUCUGUCCACAGUGAAGCAACACAGACUAGUCACCAACACCUUGAAAACUGAAAUAGCAGAAAUGCACGGCAUUAGGAUCCACACUACACCAGCUCCUUCUGAUGACCACUGACUAAAUUACUUAUAUAAGUAGAUUAAGGCCUUUAGUUACCUAUCUUCCUAUGCUAUGCUAUUCAUAAUAAAUAAUUUGUUCUGUUGUUUUGUAAAUA